AUGAGUGACGGAUUGAUGGAUGAUGUCUGGGGGUCCGAGGACUCCGAUGCUGAGCUGAAACUGGCCGCGCAGGACACGAACAAACUGAGAGAGCAGCACUCGAAGAGAGGUUACCUUGAUGGCAUCGUUGGGUCGAAAGAGGUCAACUUGCAGCAAGGAUUUGACGAAGGGUUCCCUCUCGGUGCAGAACUCGGGCUGCAGGUCGGGCUUAUCAUCGGAAAGUUGCAAGGAUUGGUGCUCUUGCACGGAGCGCAGGACGCACACUUGUCGAACAACUUCAAAGAAGCCCAGCGGGAACUGAAAAUCAACUCUGUCUUGUCGAAAGAAGUGUUCGACGCAGAAUACAAUAUUGCAUCGGACAGCCAUCCCCUCGUUGAUAAAUGGGCAACCAUUACGGCGAAAUACUCGCAAACGUACAGCAUCAAGCAGUAG